AUGCGCGAUGCGAUGCGCGAUUGGACUGACGGCGUCGGUUUGAACGCGCAGGUCGACGACGCGCGCGACGACGCGCGCGACGAAGAGGACGACGACGAGGAAGACGCGGACGUCGACGAGGCGACGGGGAAUUACUUCGGACGCGCGGCGAAGGCGCCGCCGGCGCCCGAGGGCGCGAAUCCGUUCGCGGCGAGCGCGGCGACGCCGUCGGACGACGUGAACGCGAUGAUCGAACAGGCGAAAGCGCAGGUGGAGGCGCAGCGGGCGAAGCGAGAGAUCGAAGAGGCGAAGGAUCGGGAGCGGGAGCGACGGGCGUUCGAGGAUCAGGGGCGGGAGUACGUGGCGAGGAGGAAGCCGGGGGAGGCGAGCGAGUCGCCGGCGAGCUCGUCGGGCGGGAGGCGAAAGGUGGUCAAGGCGAAGCGACCGGGACAAUCGCCGUUGGGUGGAACCGGGGACGGUGGUAAGACGACGUCGAACGCGUUCGCAGGGUUCGCGGCGCUCACGGGUGGGGCGAAGAGGGAGGACGCGGACGCCGGUCGAUCGAGCGUGUUUUCGCGGCUGAGCGGCGCGCCCGUCGAGGCGGAUGACGACGACGACGCGCGCGAGGCGAAGGCUGAGAAGACGAAACCGGCGGGGUUAUUUUCGUUUCCCACCGCGGCGCCGUCGACGAGCGCGGAACCGGCGAAAGCGGCGACGUUUGGAUUUUUCGCGCCGCCGCCGUUGACCAAGGACACCUUGCACACCCAGCGCACGGCGAAAAUUAAACUCACCGAGAGCGACGACGACGACGACGACGACGCGAAGAAGUCCGCGCCCGCGCCGCCGCCGACCGCGUUAACGAACGCGCCGCCCGCGAAGGCGGUGAAAAAAGUCAAGACCGCCUUAGCCAUAGAACUCGGCUUGUAA